UCCUGGCCAGUGGCGGCGCUGCAGGCGCGCUGAUGGUAUCCGCUAAGCCGUCAGCCAUCUGCCGCAGUCAGUUAGCUAGAUCCAGCGGGAAUGGAAAAUGGAGGACUGACCGAAGAGCGAGGGCAUAUCAUCUGUAUUUCUUGCGUGUAGGUGGGUGGAAGGCAACCAUCUACUAUUUUGGCUAAUAUUCUUUCACCUUGUACCAAGACUGAUGAUUUCUGCUUUAAGGCCUUUGUUUUGUUUGAAAAACAACUGUUGAUCAUCGCUGCUGAACCACAGACUAUCUGUUUGAAAGUAGUGAUUGGCUCAAUCAUCUAUGGAGGCGAACGCGAGCCCUGAGCUCUCUCUAGCUCCUGAGCCAGAGCAGAGUCAGCACCCUAUGGAUGCCUGCUCUCAAGGGUUCGAAGAAGGGGCUGAAGAGCAGAUUCCGACAGAAAGCAAGAAUGUGGCCAAAGAGACAUUAGAGGAGCCUGAAAAUAAAUCCACCAGGGCCAACACUGAAGUAAAGAAGACGUGGUCUUUUCGACGGUCAACUGUUGCAAAACGAGAAAUGCCAGUGGAGGCGGCAACCGAUAGUCCCGAUAGCCGCUGUCCCGUGCGUCGCAGCGGCAGGCAGCCAAAGCGCACGGACAAACUAGAGGAAUUCCUCUCGACCGCCAAGAGAGCUCAGAGAAAAAGUGCCCCUCCCAGUCUGGAAAGCGGCGACCCUCCUUCCCAAACCCCGACCGACGCGGAGACGGCCUCGGAGGCCAGCUUCGACGGUAACGCUGACACCAAGGCUCUGGAGGACAAGGUGGAGUCGCCAGAAAGGAGGACGAGAAGUGGCGCAAGGAAGCCGAUCCAGAGGAGAGGUCGGGGGGGCAGGCGGACCAGAGGAGGCGGAGGAGGAGGAGGCGGCGGCGGUGGGGCGGCUGUUAAAAAUGAGGGGAGUUCCGACAACGAGGAGGACAGCAGAGGCGCUGCUAAGAAAGAAGAGUUGAUGGAUAACAUGGAGACAAAAGACGAGACUUCUCUCGCUCCAGAAGUUUUAGUAAGCACUAACGCAGAGCAGCUUCCGGCAGAGCAGGACUCUGACAGGAAGGAGGAUGUCGAGCAGAAGGCCGAACAUGCUGAGGACGAUGACAAAGUGGAAACGGAAGAUGAGACCAGCGAUGAGACGGACGAUGAAAGCCCGGACAAUCCUGCAGCCUUGUUGGUCAAACGUGGGCCGAUAAGAACAUAUGUCAAUAAAAAGAGAGCAGCCAAUAAGGGUGCAAACCCCGUCAAAGGGUCUGCUGCUGCUGCAGCUGCUGCUUCUGUUACCGCCGGCAACAAAGUCCCCACUCCUGUCAAGAGAGAAACCAAGCCUAAAGCCACCCAAGGCGCUGCAAUGACGCACAAGCCUCAAACACAAGAGGACAAUGAUGAGAAUGACUCAACAUCUUCGUCUUCCUCCUCGUCAUCGUCAUCCAUCGAUUCCGACGAGGGAGGUUAUGACCCCAACGCACUUUACUGCAUCUGUCGGCAGAAACACAACAAAAGGUUCAUGAUCUGCUGCGACCGGUGCGAGGAGUGGUUCCACGGAGACUGCGUAGGCAUCACCGAGGCUCGCGGCCGCCUGAUGGAGAGAAAUGGCGAGGACUACAUCUGCCCUAAUUGCACCGCCAAAAAAAACCAGGUGGUGAGACCAGCCACGUCCGUCCUCUCUACAAGUACAGAUCCCGAGAAGCCCAAAGCCACGACGCUGUCUGCCGGGACCUCUGCCGAGAAAACCGACGUCAGUCUUGCAGCUGUUCAGGCUUUGGCGGCCGCUCCUUCCUUCACUGGAGCUGAAGAGAAGGGAGCAGAGGACAUUGGCAUCAAAGGCCGGAUAGAGAAAGCUACGAACCCAACGGGGAAAAAGAAGAUCAAGAUCUUUCAGCCGGCCCUGCAGCAGCCAGCGCAGCCAAAAGCAGGCCAGAAAGCAGCCGCAACCGCCGACAAGAAGGCAGCAGGCAAAGCGGACCAGAAGGCGGCGGCGGCAGAUGCCGAGGAGAAAGUGGCCUCCAGCGUGGAGGUGAAGACCACACCGACGGCGGAGGCCCCAAUGGGGAAGGAGGCCGAGGACUCGUCCCUCCCCAAAUGUAUUGGGCCCGGCUGUGAGAAUAAUGCCCAGCCGGACUCUGUCUACUGCGGCAACGGCUGUAUCCUGAGACAUGCGGCUGCAGCCAUGAAGUCCAUCACCGACGAGCCCAAGCAGAAGGACGCGGCCAAGGCUCAGAAGACCACAGCGGCACCAAAGAAGAGCGUCGCUGGCAGGAGGAGGACGCAGAAGAAAACUCAGGAUGAGGAGUCCGAGGAGGAGGAGGCGGAGGAGGAGUCGUCGGAGAGCGAGGAAGACCACAGCGCUGAUCCAGACGAUGACGGCGAAGACGAGCAUGCUGAGGAACACCCGCCCCCGCCGGCCACUGCGUCCUGGUCCAGCGACCAUAAUUACAUUGCAGUGACACCAGAAAAGACUACACCCAUAUCACCAACAGUGUUAAACAAAAAGUCCCCCCCUAAAGAAGACAAGCCGAGUGAGAAGGAACAGAAAGAGAAGGACCCGACUCCUGAGGAUCUUCUACCUGCGUCCCCCACACCGGUCAAAGGAAACAAGAAGUCCCCGACUGCCAAAGCAGCAAAGGUCCCCCCGAAGGGCAGGAAGCCUUCUCCUCAGGCCCCCGGCUCAAAGGUGUCCAAGAAACCUGCGGCUCCCUCCGGCAAAACUGCAGCAAAGUCAAAGAAACCAGGCCAGGCGCCGGCCCGCGCUCCCUCCCGCUUCCCUCCCGGUCCCAUCCACGUCACGGGAGCCCUGAGAGUCACCAAGUCCAACUUCACCAUUCCCAAGAAGGCUCCGCAGCAAAAGGAGGUCCCCUCCCCGAGCAAGUCCACCGCCUCCCCCCGAGGACCGACAUCUCCGAUCCACACCGCUCCCUCCAGCCACUCCUCGACCUCCAGGCCGCCACAUUCGGCCGCGUCGGCGCCCCCUGCGUCCAGCAUGCAGCAGCCGCCCAACAACCAGAUGAGAACGAACAUCCGCCGCUCGCUGACGGACAUCAUCUACAAGAGGGUGAGCGACAGUGACGACCUGAAGAAGACGGAGACCGAGGUGGCGAAGCUGUCGGUCGCCAUCGAGAAGGAAAUGUUCAACCUCUGUCUUAACACCGACAGCAGGUACAAGAACAAGUACCGGUCCCUCAUGUUCAACCUGAAAGACCCCAAGAACAAGGGCCUGUUCUACAGGGUGGUGGGCGGGGAGGUCAGCCCCUUCAGACUGGUGAGACUAAGUGCGGAAGAGUUGCUUUCCAAGGAGAUAUCCGAGUGGAAGAAGCCGGACGCUGCAGAGGGCCAGUCUCCCGGCGCAAGGGCCCAUUCGGGACACUCCAAACUGGGCAACCGGCAUGAUGCGGGCCCGCAUAGCAUGGACAUGGAGGACGCCCCGCCCACGUCUGACACCGAUGUAUGUAACUCUGCCGCCACUUCUGCUUCUCGCAUGGCUUCUGCUGCAGACCCAGAUGAGGGUGGCGCCGCUCCCUCGGCCUCGGCCCAGCCCUCCGUUGCGGAGGGGAACAGCGGAAUGCUCGACAUUUUUGGUACCAUGCUCAAAGACACCACUUCUCAGCACCGGACUCACCUGUUUGACCUCAACUGUAAAAUAUGCACAGGUCAGAAGACGGAAGAUGAGCCUUCAGCCAAGAAAGCUAAACUGACAAAGAAGCCUGACGUUCGACCCGCCCGACAAGAGCAGCAUCUGUCGAGGUCGGGGGACGCGGCUCAAGCCGGCCACGCGCACGUCCCGCCGGCUCACCAGCACCACGACCCUCCGUCCUACCCGACCCACAUGGAGCCUGCUGUCCCCGAAUCGCUGCAGCAGCUGGACUUCAGUAUGCUGGCACCUCAGGCCCAGGUCUCCACCCCAAUCGCGCCCACCGUGUCCUCCGUCAGCAUCAGCCGCAGAGACCCGCGCAUGGCCAGGCACAGCGCCGGUGUGAGCGUCAGCUACCCUGCUGCGGAGAAGCCCGCCAACGCCUCAGCAGAGCCGCUCACAGCUCCCGUCGGUGGCCUGGUGGAUGUGGCACCCAAGGCACCGCUGCCGAUGCCCCCGGCUCCGCCGCCUUUAGUCGCUGCGUCCAAAACCGCAAAAGCAAGUACAUCUGAGCCUCCUCCCGAUGGCGAGACAGCGAUCUUCCUCCACGGUCAAGAGAAGAUCUGGAGAGGAUUGAUCGACAUGCAAUCUGUGGCCAAGUUUGUGACCAAGGCUUAUCUGGUGUCAGGAUCCUUUGAGCACUUGAAAGAGGAUUUGCCAGACGUCAUCCACGUCGGAGGGCGGAUUUGUCCGAGCACCGUGUGGGAUUACGUUGGGAAACUCAAAACCUCGCUCUCCAAGGAGCUCUGUCUGAUCCGCUUCCAUCCAGCCACAGAGGAAGAGGAGGUGGCGUAUGUCUCUCUGUUCUCUUACUUCAGCAGCAGGAAAAGAUUUGGUGUGGCUAAAAACAACCGUCGUAUCAAAGACCUCUACCUCAUCCCACUGAGCUCAAAGGACCCGUUACCCUCCAAACUCUUACCGUUUGAUGGGCCAGGGCUUGAACCAGCUCGUCCCAACCUCCUCUUGGGGCUCCUGAUCUGCCAGAAGGACCGAAAGCGCAGCGGUGCACCAUUGGAGAUGGAGGAGAAACGCUUAAAGACUCAAACCAAAGAAGCAGACGACACUGGCCUUCCAAAGCCAUCUCCUUCUGUCAGAACAGAAAGAAGCACACGGCAGAGUCUUAAAAUCCCCUUCAGCACUACUCCUCCGGGGUCACCUCCACCCAACUCCUCUGAGACCUCAAGCACCAGUGUGGCCACCUCUUCAGUCCUUUCCUUUGCAUCCUCUCUCAGAGCUACAAGUACCUCCACUACUACUGGCAAGGACUCUCCAUCAUCAUCCAGCUCUGCUGCAACUACUACUCCUCUUGAGACCAUCCUCAAAACCCUUUUUGGGAAGAAGAGUCAUGACUCCGAGGCGUCCAACUCUCCGUCUGAUCAGGGUGGGGAACUCCCCAUGCAGAGCACUAGCAUGCUAGACCCUAUUGUGCAGCAGUUUGCACAGAGUUCUAAAGGGAAACAAGUGGAGGUAGAUGAAGAUGACCGGCCGUAUGAUCCAGAAGAGGAGUAUGACCCAGGCCGGGGCUACAGUGCGCCUAAGAAGCCUGCUGAGGUAGUAAGCAAACCUGACGUCUCUAAGCAGUUUGAUUUGGGGACAAAUGAAUGUGACGAUGUGGCGUAUGACCCAGAGGAUGACUCAAUUUUUGAAGAUGUCAAACCUGUAGUACCAGGUCAAGUUCAGGUUGCAACUGAAUCUCUAACUGAUCCACAAAAAAUCUUGGAGAACCUUAAAAAGAUCGGGGAGCAAGUGUUCCAGAAGCAGGGAGAACAGCCCACGUCUUCUAUGGGGAAAGCCUCAUUGUCACUUUCCGACACACUCUUUAGUCAACCUACCAAAUCUCUUUUGGCAAAUACUCAGCUCUUACAGCUUGGCAAAAAGGUCGAAGAGCUAGUGAAGUCUUCAUCGGUAACUCCCUUGAUCAACCAAAACCGGGAUCCCCGACAAAGCAGGGAUCCUCGCCAGGCCGCGUCGGGCCGGAAACCGUCGGAUGAACCUGAAGAUCAAGAGGAAACAUCUGCUUUGAUGGAGGAUUCUGGUCCUUUCCCUCAAGCUGUAGUUCAAGCACCUGUGCAAUCAGAUGUAACUGAACUCCCACAAUCCUCAGCAGGCACGGAUACAGCGCUGCCUCGCGAGGAAGUGAAAAGUGAGACGUUACCCUUCAUGCAGUCUGACGAGAAGGAGGUAGCAAUUCCGUUAUUAGGAGAGGAGGUGGAACCUGAUAUGGAGGUAAACUACAUGAUUGAGGACGAGGUGAAAACGGAGGAAGCUGAGCCAAUCAAGGCGGAAACUGAGCUGGACAAGUAUAGUAUUUGGCCCAACGCCGCCAGUAUUUUAAAAGCUAGUGAAGAAUCUGAUUAUGAGGAGAACAGCCAAGAUGCAUCAAGCCAUAGUUAUUAUGAUGACACCUCCACAAUCCCAGUACUCACUCAGAACACAACAAUGACUGAGUCUCCCAAGUCGCUUGAGCCUUAUCACUUGCCCCGUCACAUGUCCGGGUAUGACAGUGAGUACAGAGCUCCAGCUGACAUUCCCCCAUCAUCCAACUUCCCCCCACUCCAUCCGAUGCAGGGACAAAGCGUGAUGAUAAGGCCUCCUCCGAUGUCUAUGCCUCCACCCAUGCAAGGUCUCCCCCCAAUGUCAGGCCCUCCUAUGCAGAGACCCCCUCCACCCAUGCAUGUUCCUCCCCCUGUACGCGGUCCUCUCCCCAUGCCGGUUGAUAACAGCCAGCAAUAUGGUCCGCCGCCAACUGCAUACCCUCCCUAUCAGAACCAGUGGCCAGGCUCCCAACCCCCAAUGCAACAGCAGCAUCCGCCUCCUCGACCUCCACCUCAGAACAUCAUGCCACUCAGAGGACCACCACCAUUCCCUCCAAUGGCCCAGAGAGGCCCUGCUCCUCAAAUGUUCAAUCCCCCCAUUCCCCAACAGCACAUAGGACAGCAAGGCCUCCCUCCAGGCCUCCCCCCACCUCCUUUUGAUGGACAGAACAGUUUACCUCCACCAAGAUUCGCUGGUCCCCCACCGCCAUUUAAUUUCCCUGCAAACAGAGGUCCUCCCCCACCUUUCACAGGGCCACCUCCCAGUCCCUUUGAAAACCGGCUGCCUCCUCCUUCCCACUUCCCAGGGCCCAGGGGUCCCCCGCCAGCUCAGUACGGUGACCGUGGGGCUCAACCCCCGAUUGUAGACCAACCUCGAGGCCCUGCAGAACACUACAGCAGAGAUAUUUCAAAUUCUUUCAAGCAAAGUGUGGACCAGAAUCCAAACCCUCUCCAUAUUUUUAAAGACAAUCAGGGUCCCCCGCCAGGUCCAGCAUACCGGGGACCUACACCUAACCAGUAUGAGGACAGACGAGGGCCUCCUUCCAGCGGGGAGAUGAGCGGACAGCACUUCAAUCCACACAACCAGUACGAAAGCUCCAGACUACACUCCCCACCGACACAUCGAGUAUCGUUUGAAGAGCACCGAGGACCCCUCCCUCAGGAGAAUCGACCCCACCCGCCUCAGCGCUUUGGAGGAUCCGAGCGGUACCGUUUAGAUAGGCACUCUGAUGAGGCUAGACCUGUUCGCCACAGUGGGCCCUUGUUGCCAACUCCUCCAGAGGCUCCCAUAGGUCCCCCAAGUCGCAUGGGAGCCCAUAGUCCAGAUAUGCUCCGGGACGAACCCUGGCGCCGCCACUCUCCUGAAAUGAGGAGAAGGAGCAGCACUAACCGAGAGGAAUUGGACCCACGCAUCGGAGAUCGCUUUAGUCGCUUUGAAGGAGGGCACAGAGAACCUGCUCCUGGUCCUCCACAACCCCCAGAAGAGAGGCAAAGGGAGCUUCCCGAUGAGUGCCGUAGGGAAAGAGAGCGUGAAGUCCCCCACCCUGGACGGCCACCAUGGGACAGGGGACAAGGCAAGCGGUGGAGUAGAGAGCGAGAGUGGGAUAGAGUCAGAGAAAGGGACCGCGAUCCAGAGCGAAUCCGGGAAAGAGACCGUGAUCCAGAGCGUAGCCGAGACAGAGAGCGCGAUCUGGAACGUACCAGAGAAAGGGACCGCGAUCCGGAGCGAAACAGAGAAAGAGAUCAGGCUAUGGAGCGUCCUCGGGAAAGAGAUCCCGCUACGGAGCGUCUUCGGGAAAGAGAUCCCGCUACGGAGCGUCUUCGAGAAAGAGAUCCCGCUACGGAGCGUCUUCGAGAAAGAGAUCCCGCUACGGAGCGUCUUCGAGAAAGAGAUCCCGCUACGGAGCGUCCUCGAGAAAGAGAUCUCGCUACGGAGCGUCCUCGAGAAAGAGAUCCCGCUACGGAGCGUCCUAGAGAAAGAGAUCCCGCUACGGAGCGUCCUCGAGAAAGAGAUCUGCCUUCAGAACGUCCCCGAGAAAGAGAUCCGGCUUCGGAGCGUCCCCGAGAAAGAGAUCCGGCUUCGGAGCGUCCCCGAGAAAGAGAUCCGGCUUCGGAGCGUCCCCGAGAAAGAGAUCAGGCUUCGGAGCGUCCCCGAGAUAGAGAUCAGGCUUCGGAGCGUCCCCGAGAUAGAGAUCAGGCUUCGGAGCGUCCCCGAGAAAGAGAUCAGGCUUCGGAGCGUCCCCGAGAAAGAGAUCAGAAUCCGGAGCGUCCUCGAGAAAGGGAUCAGAAUCCGGAGCGUCCUCGAGAAAGGGAUCAGAAUCCGGAGCGUCCUCGAGAAAGAGACAUAGAUUCGGAGCGUCCUCAAGAAAGAGAUCAGGAUUCCGAGCGUAACCGGGAGAGAGACCGCGAUCCAGUGCGGGGCCGAGAAAGAGACCGCAGCAGAGCGAGGGAGGGUGAGAGGCGCAGGGAGACGGAGGGAGAGCGUCAUAGAGAUCAAGACACAGACAAAAGGAGAGAGCGGGAGAGAGACCGGGAAAGGGACAGAGUCAGGGAUUCUGACCGAAGGGAUUCUGACCGCGACAGAGCGAGGAACCGAGAGCGCGACAGGAGACGGGACAGAUCCCGGAGCAGAGAACGGGAGAGGGACAGAGACCGUGGGAAAGACCGGGGCAGAGACAAGGAGAGGGAGAAAGACAGAGACAAGGACCGGGAGAAAGACAGAGACAAGGACCGGGAUCGUCGGGACAGGAGCCGAAGCAAAGACAAGAGGGAGGAGAAAAAAGACAGUAAAAAUGAUCCAACCAGGAAGGUAGAGAAAACUGCAGAAACUGACAAGAACAUGUCCUAGUCUCUGCUUUAUAGACACUACAAUCCAUCACCAGUUGUAUCACUGUAAAUGUAGAUGAGCAGUAUUUGGUUAAAUUUCCACACGUGUUCGUAUUAGGAAAAAACUAAAAUAUGACAAUGUUAUUAUUCUUUUUGUCACUUAAAGGUUUCUAACUUUGUUUUAUCACAUUUCAAGAAAAAAAAAAUCUGAGGGCGAUCUAAGUUGCUUGUCUUCAAGCUGUAUUAAGUAGGCUACUGAAUCUUAUUACAUGUACGUUUCUCCUGUCCAAGCAGUUUUUUUUUUUUAAUAAUGUAACCGAGUAACACACCAUUUGCAAUAUGUAAAUAUGAAUGUAUUUGUGUAUAUACUGUUUUUAAUCAUACUUUUCUAAGUAGAGAAAAUAAAAGCCAUAUAUCUGAGAUGGAUAAUGUGGCGGUUAAGCAAACACUGUUAACUGUGUUAAUACGUCCAGCCGAACUGGAAGGUUCCACUUAUCUACAGAACACAUGAUCCCAUCUAUGGUUGUAAAUGAAAUGUCCUGAUUUUGUUUGAGCUCGACCAAUUAAACCCGGUUGAUUAAAUGCGUA